UGCACUGGAACUCUGACUGGUAAUGAUCAUUGCAUUGCAAAGCACUAGUGACUAGGUCUUCAGAGGGGGAGGGGCUGGCACUGAUGAGCUGGGGAAAAAAGUCAAGGCAACAACCGAACAAGGACACAGACAGCCUGCAGGGAUGACUGACAGUGACAGUGAAGAUGAUCCUAUGACAUCUCCCGAUGUUUUGUUGAGCGUAUGGCUCGAUAGAUCCAGAGAACUCACCAAAUCAAAGCAUGAGGGGUCACUAGAUGGUUGGACUCGCUGCACUGCACUGGCCAGGAUAGUGCAUGGAGACACACACUGGAUGCUGGCCCUCACUCACACUCAGCUAGCUCACGAGUACAUGCAAAAAGGUUUGAACGAGCAAGGGCUAGCUCAUGCAACCAAGGGUCGAGAUAUCCUCCUCUCCCCUACUAGUGACGACCCACCCCCUGAGGCAGUCUACAAUCUCUCGUUGGCUCUAUACAUCAUCGGCCACAUCCAAACCUUACAGAAAAAGUUAAAAGAAGCGGGGAAGUCGUUGCUCAAGGCUGAGAAAUACUCCACACGCUACAAGAAGCUGUCGUCUGACACAGCCGGCACACGUUUAAGCCUGGAUAUUAUCUCGGCAAUUGCGAGGCUUCGACUGGAUCAAGGAGAUAAUGCUCAGGCAAGAAAUAACUUCCAGAAGGCUGUUGAUUUGUCCAAGGAGGCCUUUGGUGCUCACAACAGUCAGCUUGUCCCUCUCCUCAAAGGGUUGGCAUCAGCUACCCUGAGAGGUGAUGGGGACACUACUGCAGCUGUGUCUAUCUUAGAAGAGGCUCUGCAAAUAGCUGAAACUAGUUUUGGGCCCCUUUCUGAGGAGGCUGGUGAUUGUUUAGUGUUGCUAAGCAGAGCACAUGCCACAGCUGGACCCAGUGAGACAAUAGCGGUGGACUAUCUGCACAGGGCACACUCAGUUUACACCCAAACUCUCAAUCAGUACCAUUCAAAAGCUAUAGGAUGCAAGGACGAGCUGUGUAAAUACCUGUCAACCAAGUCUGGCUCACAACAGAAAGUAAUACCACUGCUGAAUGAGCUAAUCUCUGACAAGAAGACAGCUUUCGGUGAACUCUCUAUUGAGGUUGGUGAAAGUCUAAGACUACUAGGCACUGUUCAGCUCACUCAAGGCGACGUUAAGCAGGCCGCAAAAUCACUUACGAAGGCUAAGAAUGUGUAUGCCACUGUGUUGGGAGCAAAGCACAAAGAAACACUGAACAUUGUCCGGACACUGGAUAUUAUUGUAGGCACAGGAGAAAGGAAAGUACCUAACCCACUUUUUAAGACUACAGUAUAGCUGCAUAUACACUAGCCUCGUCCCUAUACACCCACUUCCUCUAAGGGGGAACCCUGUGAAGGAGGCCACAUAUACACAUUAUUCAUAGCUUGUUUGUGCGCAUUAUUCAUGGCGUGAGCCCUUUAUCACCUGUUGAUGUUUGAUCAUGAAA